GGCAGAUAUUUUCCUGAAAAUUGAUAACAUUUUGGUUAAAAACAACCAUUUACGUGAAAUAAGUGUGCUUAUCAAAGCACACAAUGGAAAAUCAAAUUGAAGAUGAAAAACUCUAUCAGUUAUGGAUGCGUUAUAUGUCUAAAAAUGAUGAAGAGUACCUCCAGAGUUAUCUUUCCUGUUUUCUGGAAACCUACGAAGAAUUUGUGGACCUACAGCACAAACAUCUCAAUGAAGGGUUUACGGAUGAAGGGCCCCACCUUACUCGACUCCCGGAGGGUAUCCUCCAGGCCCUCUCCAAGCACCUCCAUGACUGCAGCGAAAAGACCUCCACGAACGGCGUAAAUAAGGACACAAUAGAAUAUGCGGAAAAACUGACAAAAUGUCUCGUCAUCAUCUGUAGGAAUAUCGACAAUGUUGCAUUUGUUGCGUCGUGUGAAUAUGUGACUUAUCUUGUCUCUCUGGCAAUCAGCACAAUCUUGCAGCUUGCUGUUGAUGAGUCCCCGGGCAAAGAAGAACUGACAUCAUUUCUACGUCAUGUGCUACAUUUUUUUGAAUGCUUGUAUGACCCCUACUUCGUGUGGAGAAAGCGAUUAAAGGGCUGGAAAGUUGACAAGAAGCGAUUCCGCUUGAAGCCUGCUCUCCUACACGUUGAAGUCGUGCCGUUUUUCUAUGAUGUACUGAUGCCUGCAGAAUGUUUUAACAAUAUCAAGCUGGACAUUGUCCUGCAGACGGAGUUGUUUCAUGUUUACGGCGGAAUCAUUUCCGGUGCACAACAUAAUGCUUUACGUGCCAUCUCCCCGGCAACGAUGGACGUGUGCAUGAAGCUCCUCUCGUCAAACAACACGCCGGGACCAACAAAUGAGUAUCGCGAGGAUAUUGCUAAGCUCAAGGAACUGAUUCUGAAAUGCCUGCAGAGGACUGUUCAUGUCCUUCAUGCUGCUAGUCCAGAUCAGCGUCAAGUUGAAGUCAGCACAAUAAUCGAAGGUUACCUGACUGUGAUGUCACGAUUAGGGACCGCGCCUGAGACCAGGCUAGCACUGCCUAUGUUACAAACGAUGCUUGAUAGCAUUGUCGACAUGAUGACCUGCAAGGAUAGGAUAGGACUCCAGGCUAUCUUUGCCGGGGCAGGGACAUUUGAGAGUUUCGUGUCUCUAUUGUUAAAGACGACGUUCACCGGUCCAGAAGCUCACCAUCUUGCCAUGUCUAUGAUGAAGUCAAUGGGAUCGUUAAUGCAGGGCUCUCAAUCGGCUAAAGAAUUGUUCAAGAACAAGGUCGGCUACUCGAAGUUUGUUGAGGCCUUGAAAAGUCUCGGUCAGCCCUCGAUGGAACUGUUGAAGUCUGUUUUAAGCCUGGUUGUCGAGUGUGAGUUCACGAUAGACAAACCUCAGGUCAUCCACAAUCGUCAAGCAGCACUGAUGCUUGUCCAUUGGCUGCCCGAUAUCCAGUCACAUGACCUGCAGAUCUGGCUGUCGGAGUGCCUCUGCUUUCUAGGUGACGCUAGCAUACAUAAUAAGAUGCAGUUUACGAGCGAGGGAAUGAUCGCCGCCAUCUUGAAUGUGCUCAGUCGACAGAAGCAGAUUAAUCCCAAGGCUAUUGGUAAUCUGUUGAACCUCUUGGAAACACUCGGCACCUACUCGAUCUCCGCGACCGAACUUAAACAAUUGAUCCACCUUCUACGAACGGAUGACGACGACCAACAGAAUCCCUACUGCGGCCGCAUCAUGCAGGCAAUGUCCGUCAUGGCGCGGAAAGAUGGCCGCGAGGGAGCGCUAUACUACUUCGACAUUACAGAAUCCCAUGCUGGCAUUGCGAUUCCUGGUAUUAGAAAGUGGCCGAGUGGUGGCUUUAGCUUCCAUGCCUGGGUUUCCCUGGAUACGAUGAGCAACAGUCAGGAGGUGACUCACAGGGACCACUUGGGGUCGCAGCCCCACAGGAGGCAGUUAUAUAGUUUCUUCACGGGCGGAGGUGCUGGUUUCGAAGCCUUCUUCACAGAGCAGUGUGUGCUUGUGGUUGGGGUGGUGACGAAGAAAGACUAUCACGCUGUGUCACUGUCUGAACACCCACUAAAUGAUCAGCAGUGGCACUGCAUUGAAAUAACGCACACCGGUGCAAGGCGGCCUUUCUCCCAGAGUCAGCUGUCGGUCUACAUCGAUGGGAAACUCAAGUUGAACUCGCAGUUGAAGAUGCCAUCAGUUGCCGAGCCAAUUACGAUAUGCCGCAUAGGAACCUACGGUCCCGGGAUGCUGAACUACGAUGGCACUUUCGAAGUUUGUCACCCGUCAACAGUGCCCGAGACGAAACCUCGAUCUCAUUCGCUCAAAUUUCUGCUGCCUAGCAACUGGGCUCCAGCAGCCAAUAGCACUGCUGUUACAACGAUCCCAGCGGGGACACAAGAUACUGUGUGGGGGACGCCUAUCUGUUUGAAGGGGAGAUUAGGUUCGGUGUGUGUCUUUCAAGAUGCCCUUCAGCCAGGCCAGGUCAAAGGUCUAUACUCAUUGGGCCCAAACUGUUUGACCCCCUUCCGAUCAGAUGAGUCAGAAAUAGCUGAACUUGGGAAUAAAGUCCUUGUUUAUUACAAUGCCAAGGCGUGUAUGAACGGAUCCUGCCUAGACCUCUCACCCAAUCAGCACCAUGGACAAUUCACGGGGACGCAAUGCGUCACCUGGGAUAUAAAAGACGUCAUCAACUGCGUCGGUGGAAUCCAAGUUCUCUUCCCGCUACUGGAACAUGUCGUGGAGGGUGGACUCGCGCCACCUAUUGAGCAGGUCGAGCCGGAACUCGAGCGACAGGACACAGUGCAAUCUGAUAGUGCCAGUGAUGAUUGGGAGGUGGUGCCAACAUUUGCCGCAAGAGAUGCAAAACUCCAACAGAAUCAGGUUGCUGCAUUCCUCACACUGCUGCGCACCAUGAUCCAGUGUAGCACUGUCAACCAAGAGGUCAUGAUCCGCACCAACAGUGUUGCCAUCAUCGGCACCCUCCUGCAGAAAGUCGGCCCGAGUUUGGUCGACGUCCACGUCCUGAUGGCAGUGCAGCUGUUGGUAGAGGCGAUCAUGCAUACAAAUAAGACCCUACUGCACCAUGUGUACCAGUAUCUGCUGUUCGACUUUAGAAUUUGGAGCAAGAGUGAUUUUCCAGUCAGAAUCGGCCACAUCCAGUACCUGUCCACCAUUAUCAAGGAUGACAAGAAGUUCUUCAGGAAGAAAUAUGGAGUGCAAUAUAUGCUAGACAUCAUUAGGACAAAUUAUAGUGAACUCCUAACCGACUUUGGAUUUGAGUUCAGCGCUGAAGAUACCAAGUCAAUCCGAGCCUCAUUGUUUGGUCUCAUCAAGUAUUAUAUACUUAAAGACAUCACGAUUGAAGAGCUUACUCAGAUCAUGGCAUUUAUUCACACGGUCAGGGACGAAAAGUUGAUAGCUGAUGUACUAGACAUGUUAGCUGUUCUAUUGGAGCAGCCUCAUCAUGGUGACCAACUUCAUCUCCUCAUGUUUGAACCUGAAAUGGGGGAAUCAUUGUACUCGUUGCUAACGAAUACAGAGUACUCGACUGACUUGAAGGAGAAGGUGUUGAAGGUGACCGGUAUUUUACUGAAGACGGACAAGGUCUAUGACAAAAACAAGGGAAGAUUGCGACUACAAGAAACAGGCUAUCUGGGCCUCAUCCAGCUCCUGCAGGGGCAGCCCACCUCAGUUCAGAUGAUCACGUUGCUCCUAGACCAAAUACUAUUGUCAGAUUCUGCCACUGCCUUUAACGGUGUCCUCGGUGUUCUCUAUCUCGUCCACAACUCCGACGUUGAUACCAAACUGGAGGCUAGCAAACGGCUACUCGCCGCACUAUUUCAAGGCGGGAAAGAUCUCGGAGCCAAACACAUCGCCAAGCAACUUGCCUGGCAGGAAGUUAUCGUUAAAUUAUUCGUACUCCGUCCAAAUACUGUGAAUGCUAGUUUAUCAGAAGCGAUGAUGAAUCCCGUUUUGAGUCCGAUUGCGUACUCUGCAGAUUCAAAUGAUACGGAGACUAUGACUUCUAAAUCGAGCAGUAGCUCUUUGGAGCAAAAUUCGACCCACGGUGCGCUGGACGCAUCUCUUAUUGCCAGGCCUUCCUCGGCAAAUAGAUCCCGGCCAAAAGACUUGCCACUCAAUCGUGAUCUAGUCACUGAGAAGUCCGAUUUAAAUUAUGGAACUCCUGUUUGUACAACACCACAGUUUAUGAGGACGAAGUUUUUUGAUGAUUUGGAAUCGGCUGAUGAUGACGUUGAUGCCCCACCUCAUGGGCGACUCUCUUUUGACCAAUUUGAGAGUCGCAGUCCUAGCACAAGUUUUGAAGACCUGACGCUACAGAAUCGAAGUUCGCAGUCGUUAACGAACUUGCUACCAGAGGGAGCUGGUGAUGGUGAAUAUGUCGUCCAGGAUGGCGUUGCCGAUCUCGAAGUCGGAGGUGAUGGCGACAUUGUUGUGGAACAAUUGAAACAGCUCGGGGUGGUGUUAGAACGGAGCGAGUCGGCAGAACGAGCUGAGGAAUUAUGUCAGAACCUCUUGAUUAUUCUGUUUACGAUUCUGUGGAAGGGAGUGGAAGGAUCAGGAAAGACAGCCUGGAAGGAGCGUGGUCAAGUGUUUUCCUGCCUGGAGCUCGUCCGUGAGAAGAACACGUUGAUACGACCGUAUGAGGAGAUCAAGCGCCGUCUGCUGGAGAUGCUGGUCCAGGCGUGUUUGGGAGAACUUAAGGAAGCUGGCCAUGUUGUUGCGGGUCAAUCAGAGAAUGCAUUUGAACUUGUGAGGCUUGUCUAUGACUUUAUCCUGAUCCUCGGACGACAUGGGACCGAUCCUAACAGAUUUAGUGAAAGGCUGAUCGAAGAUGUGUCUGGUCUGCUAGAGGUGCUAUCCGUGUGGGGUGAGGAGUCGGAAUGGACCGAAAUGGCUCAACUGGGUUUCUCCAUCAUCCUCGAGUAUGCUGCCCAAGAAGACCUUGAGCUUUGCGCGGAAGCGUCUGCCCGACUCCAUGUCUUAGUCCAAACACGACCCCUCCAGAAACUCAACGAAGCCUGCUUCAUCCUUGGCUCGCUGAACAACAUCCUAUCGAAGGCCCUCGACGUGGAGAAAGAACACUACUCUUUCCUUAUCCCGGUGAUGAAAGCCCUGUUGGAAAAGUGCCACGACCUUCUGAGUCUAAGCGCAUAUCUGCCGAGCCUUCCCUCUACUACCGCAUCACCUACGUUCUUUGAUGACUUCAAGGUUUACUCUAGGUCAGAAGAAUGGGCAAACUUCAUCGCCAAGCAGGUUGAUCCUUCGAUGCAGCAGUUCAUGUCAAACUGCUUCGACGAGCUCCAGGUGAACCUGAAACUCUUCUGGACCGAGUGUCAUGAACAGGUGAUGGUGAACAGCCACAAGAGAAGCAGGGAGAAGGGCGAGUGCAAACUCAAGUUCCAGAGCCACAUUGUCGAACCGUUGAAACAGAAAGUGAAAGCAGAAGACAAACGCUUCCAGAGUCUGUCAAUCAUGAUGCGGAACCAACACCUGUCCACUCAGCGCCUUUGGCGGGCUAACAAGCAGUUCUUUAUCGGAGAACGGGGAUCGUGGGCUGAAAGGAACUUUCCAGACGUACAUUGGAAGCUUUCCAAUCAGGAAAAUUUCUUACGGAUGCGCCCAAAACUUGUGCCGAAUCACAACUUCGAUUUGCAUACAGAGGCAGCGCAGUUGAGGGAUAACCUCCGCAUUGAAACUGAGCAGACGGAUAUAUCAAGUCUUUUGCUACCACUGCCUAAGGUGUCUGACGAGAAUAUCGGGGACGAUCGGCUGGGUGAUGAGGAGUGGAAUCUUAUCAGCUCUGCAAGUAGUAUUGGUGAGGAGCAGAGUGGCAAGGAGAAGCUGGUCCUCUCAGAGGACUGCGAGCUGAUAACCCUGGUAGAUGUGAUCAAGGGAAGGCUGGAGGUCACGACCACCCACAUCUACUUCUUUGACCUGAGCACAAAUAAAGAAGACGCUGCGGGUGAAGACCUGAAGUUUUCCCUGUCUCAGCUGAGGGAGAUCCACUUUAGAAGAUACAACCUGCGCCGGAGUGCACUGGAACUCUUCCUCAUUGAUCAGACAAAUUACUUCUUCAAUUUCCAGAAAAAGAUCAGAAACAAGGUGUAUGGUCGUAUCGUGAGUCUUCGUCCCUCCAACAUGGUUUACUACGGGACAAGAUCACCAGUUGAGCUGCUCAAGGCCUCGGGCCUGACACAGAAAUGGGUCCAGAGGGAAAUCUCAAACUUUGAAUAUUUGAUCCAUCUGAAUACUAUUGCUGGGAGGACCUACAAUGAUUUGAGCCAGUACCCUGUGUUUCCGUGGAUCCUGAUGGACUACACCUCAGAUGAGCUCGACCUCGAUGACCCUGCAGCUUACCGAGACCUUUCCAAACCUGUCGGGGCAGUCAACCCAAAAAAUGAAGCAGAUAUCAGAGAAAAAUUUGACAACUUUGAAGACCCAUCCGGUACUAUUGAGAAGUUCCAUUACGGCACCCAUUACUCCAGUGCGGCCGGUGUGAUGCAUUACCUGAUACGGCUGGAGCCCUUUACAUCACUACACAUUCAGUUGCAGAGCGGUAGAUUCGACGUGGCUGAUCGCCAGUUUCAUUCCAUCCCAGCGACGUGGAAGGGUAUCUAUGAUAAUCCCAAUGACGUCAAGGAGCUGAUACCGGAGUUCUUUUAUCUGCCGGAGUUCUUGGAGAACAAUGAUGGAUUUGAUCUCGGGUCGCUGCAGCUGAGCAAGGAAGGUGUGAAUCAUGUGAUAUUACCAAAAUGGGCGUCGUCUGCCGAAGACUUCAUCAACACGCACAGAAAGGCAUUGGAGUCUGAAUAUGUCUCGGCCAAUCUCCACAACUGGAUCGACCUUAUCUUCGGCUACAAGCAAAAGGGACCCGCCGCCGCAGAUGCCCUCAAUGUGUUCUACUACUGCACAUAUGAGGGCGCUGUCGACCUUGAUGCCAUAUCGGAUCCCGUGGAGAGGAAAGCCUUGGAGGGCAUGAUCAACAACUUCGGGCAGACGCCAUGUCAGUUGCUACGGGAACCGCAUCCGAAGAGAUUGGCGUUUGAGGAUACUAUCAACAAAGCGACUAAAACAGACAAACCACUUAGUGUCUUAAACUUCUUGGAUCAGCUCAAGGCAUAUUUUGUUGAGGCAUCAUAUGUCAAUGACCCUCUUGUCUAUGCUGCCGUGCCGAGGAACCAAGCCAGAUCGUUUAUCCAGCAGGGCAUGCCAGAUGCGAUGGUGACAGUGACAGAGGAUGGGGCUUUGGGCAUUCACGGCUGGCUGCCAUAUGACAAAUCCAUUUCUAACUAUUUUACGUUCGAGAGGGAUCCAUCGCUAGGAAAUCCCAAAACAAAGAAAUGUCUUGCAGGGCCAUUUGCUCCUGGCAUCAAAAUCACGCCAAACCUCUUUGUAGUAUCCCAUGAUGCAAAGCUGUUGUUCAGUGGCGGCCAUUGGGAUAACAGUUUGCGUGUUUACAGCCUGACCAAGUCGAAAAUCACAGCACAAAUCGUCCGACAUACGGAUAUUGUCUCGUGUAUGGAUCUUGAUUACUGCGGGAGUCACCUGAUCACUGGGUCCAAGGAUACGACUUGUAUGAUAUGGGAGAUCACAUUCCAGUCGAGUUUCAGCCACAGCGUCAAUCCGCGACCAAAGCAGACGUUAUACGGACACGAUCAUGCCGUGACGUGCGUGAAGAUCUCGAUCGAACUUGAUAUGGCUGCCUCAGCUUCCAAUGACGGUACUAUAAUCAUUCACACCGUUAUGAAAGGCCAAUAUGUCCGAACGCUACGUCCACCCACUGAGAUGGAACAAACACUUGCCAUACCCCUCCUAGUGACGUCUGAAAUCGGCCAAGUUUGUAUAUUCUGCAAGCAGAGUCGGGAGUCCAGUGUAGAGGAAACCAACUGGCUACAUGUGUACUCGGUGAAUGGGAAACAUCAUGUAUCAGAAAAAGUCCAGCAGCCAGUCUCGCAUAUGGUGGUUACUGGUGACCAUCUUAUCCUAGGAGACGCACAGGGGCUCCUGACAAUCAAGGAAUUAUUCAGCUUAAAGACAUUACGAAGUAUAUCCCUGCACGUACCAAUCCAGUGUCUGGCACUGACCAAUGGGAACAGCCACAUUCUUGCCGGGCUCCGGGACGGAAAACUUAUCAUCGUUGGAAUAAAACGACAAUGUGAAGUCAAGUAGAUCAAAUGAAUGAUUCAAGAACAUGCAAGAUUGAUGAAGAUGCCAAUGGUCUAAGUGAUAUUUUAAGAGGUCAAAUGGGCAUUGGAGGACAGAUGGGUCAAAGUGGACAUUGUGAUAUCAGAGAUGUGAAAAAUAAACAAUUGACAUUGUGGAGUUGAUUUGACCACCAAGGACUGUCAGCGUGGUACUCAUUCCUUCGAAUAUCAAAUACUGUAACUGGCCAAAUUUUUCGAAGCUUUUAUGACCUCGAUUCUUUGAAUUUUAAAUCAUGAAAAGAAUAUUUUCAUUGGAAAAGAAGAAAUUUGCAUAAUUUGUCGAAAUGAAAAUCAUGGAUUUUAAAAGAAAUAUUCAAGAAUCACAAAAAUAAGGAGGCAAAAUUUGGGAAGUAUACAGUCAGUUGUUGAGAGGAAGUUUGCAGUAUGGGAAGCUGGCAGAGUUUGGAAUCUUGUUUACAGUUUGUGCUCUUAUGUGUGUGCUCAUGAUAUGUGAUAGUGUGUAUCACUUGAGGUUCUUUUUUGUGCCAUCUAUGACCAAUAUCUGAAUUUGAAAUGACGAUCAAUUUGAUUUAAUUGAUUGGUGGUUGUGCUGUUCAUAAAAAAUUAGGAUGGAAAUGCAUAACUAAUCAAGGUUUAGUGGUAUCAAGCAGAAAAGGAGGAACUAUCUUGUCAGCGAUGGAAUUUACGAUCAUCAAAGAAGGAUUUUUGUGUACAAAACAUAUUUUGUGAUGCUCGAAAUAGUUUAACAAAUGCCAAAUCUACUUUGCAAUAAAAACUUGUACACAGGGUGGCUCAGAAAGUUUUUUCCCCACGGCUAGACUCUUCAUAACAUCCUUCUAUCAAGAAAUGAUGCAAUAUGCAUGGAUAUCUACAUGUUUAAAAGGUUGUCCUUGUCAAGGAAUUCCCUAGAUUUUGAACAGCAUUAUUCUGACAAUCCGCUAACUGUUUGCCUGCAGAUACGUGUGUUUAUAGUCGUAGUUCCACCUAUCAUAAAACCCCGUGUUUUUUCAAGACCCGUGUCUUCGUCGUGUGUCAAAAAACCCGGGGCGCACUUACACCUAUCAGUGGUGUUAGAUAAUGGUUAAUAGCCCCGCGACAGGUGCGCUGUAGGUAGGGAGCUCUCCUGUGUUUCUUUCCCGUUGGAGGGGGCGCAAUACCGAGGCAACUACACCGCGCCAUUUGUCGCUGGAUCUUAGAACUUGCAAUUGCCGUGUCUAUUCAGAUUCCACCUAUCAAAAAACCCGUGUUGAACACGGGUCUAAUUUAGCCCCCGAUUAGUCCUAUCGAGCUCGAUGGGGCUAAUAGACACAGGGAUUUGACACACAGGUCUAUUUAGACACGGCAAUUCAUAGGUUUAAGCGCAAAAGACACGGGGAUUUGAUAGGUGGAAGUACGACUUAUGUGUAGCUCAAAUCAGUGGUUAAAUAUGUGCAAUUAUUGUACUGUAUAUUAUCAACGUCAAACUUGUAUAAAUUACAAUGAACUUUGGGUUUAAAUUUCUUUCACCUUUCACCUUCGGCACCUUGAGUUACAUACUGUAGGGACAGGUUUAAUGCAGCAGUGUAGGCCAACCAGAACAAAUUGAACUCUGUAAUCAGGACACCACCUCACUCAGGAGAGCAUUUGUCAGUACCGAAGGUGUCCUUGAUAGAGAGGUUCUACUUUACUUUGAUAUAAUUUGAAACCGAGCCUGGUGGUUCAAAGUUAGUUAGGCCACUAACUUUACAACAAAUUUAACUUGGUAAUGUCUCCAGACUCAGGCCUAAGGGUUGACCAUAGGUACAUGUACAUGUACCACCAUUUUGGCUAGAACUUGAAAUCUAAAAGCAAUUAAAUCUCUUUCAAAACAAAGUGAAUGCCAAUUUCAAGGGUGGUAGUCUGUUCUUUGUUUUCAAAGGAACAGCCUCCCAGGUUUUAAAAGGGCAUUCAUUUCAUUUUGAAGGUGUUCUAAUUGCGUUAGGAUUUCACGUUCGAGCCAAAAUCGUGGAACCUAUGGUCAACCCUUAACAGAACACCAAGUUAAAGUUAACACCAAGUGCUGUUUCAUAUUAUACCAGUUAUAUUGAAUAAUGUAGGGUUGGAGCAGAAUAUAAGAUUAAGAUGAAAAAAAGCUUUAGGGUAAUUUGGUUUCUUUGUAUAAUGUUGUACAGAUUAUCAUGCAUUAAUUUUUUUAAUAGAAAAAUGUAGAUAUUUUAUUAUUCCUGUAACUUAUUCAUCAGGUGAAUUGAGAUUAUUGGUUGGUAUGGGAUUGGGAAUCCAAAUGGCAAUGUUUCGCAUUUGAAUUUACCAUCAUUGAAAGUACCAGAAAUCGAAAUAGAUAAUUUUGUUCCCAAUUUCACCUUAUUUCACCAAAUAAUAAAUGAAGUAUAAGAUA